CUAAUUUCUCUAUUUGCAACGCUUUUUCCGGCUCGUCUGCCCCUCUCCCAUUCUCUGUAUUCUCUGUCGACUGCUCGCGACAACUUAAUCUCUCAGUCAAUAGCUCUCUCUCUCUGGUGGCGUUGUGGGAAUUGACGCCGGUUGUACUGUGCGAAAGUUCGUUCUCUCUCGCCGAUGCUCUUUCUCGCUUGGUUCAAAUUUUAGAUGUUAGAGCAAUAGAGUUUGCUUCAAGAAUUUCAGAUGGCAUUUAGAGGGAGAGGACGAGGACGUGGUGGAUUUGGCGGUGGAUUCAGAAUAGCCAAGCAGGAAUCAUACGAACUAUUUCCAAAAAUCAACGAUCAGGACUUGGGUAAUGCAUCAACUGUGACUGAAAGGGUAUCUUUAGCAAGAUGGUAUUUAAAGUUGCAGAACUACUGGAAUUCCUCUCCUUAUUAUCUUGGAGGUGAAAGUGAUACUUCGAAGAAAACAAAAAGUAUGGAUAUAGAAAGGUUUUCAGAUAGGAACUCUGAUACAGCCAAGGCAAAGCGUCCACUUUCGCAUUUCAUUACAGUGGACCCUGCCUAUUUUCCUGGUGAAUUAGCUAGAGGUGGGACGACAGGGAGGCGUGCUGCAAAAAGAGUUCGCUGGAAUGAAGACAAAGAUUUGCAAAAACUGGAUCUCUUUGAGAAGCUCGAACAGAAGUCCAAGGGCCAGGAUGAAAAGAAAACAAAUGAAGGUGAAGAUGAUGAGGAAGAAGAGGAGAAUAUCGAAGAGGAAGAGCAAGAGGAUGAUGAAGAUGGUGACUAUAUGCGGCCAUUUGAUUUCGAUGAUGAUGAAGAUGACUUCAACAUUGUUGAUGACAAUGAUGAUGAGGGAGGUACCUUCUGAAAGAUACUGCUUCAAUGAUUUUGCUAGCUAGGCUUACAUCUCGGUAACAAUGUUCAGACUGACUCCUAGUUGAAAGUUAAAAAUUAGUACCCGGAGUACAUUUUAUUAGCACUUUUAAUGAGGAUAUACAUUAUUAUUAUUAUUUUUUAAAUCUAUAGGGUAUUUUAUA